AGGAAAAUUAUCAUAUCUACUUUGUCUAUACAUUAUAAUAGAAAUUAGUAAUGCUUUCAACAGAUUUUUUUUUUUUUUAAGAUUUUUAUUUAUUAGAGAGAGAGACAGAGACAGAGAGCGCGCACGAGCAGGGGCAAGGGCAGAGGUAGAGAAGCAGACUCCCUGCUGAGCUGGAGCCUGACUUGGGGCUCAGUCUCCUGACCCUGUGAUCAUGACCUGAGUCAGAAUCAAGAGUUGGCCACUCUACUGACUGAGCCACCAAGGCGCCCCUCAGUAGAUUAUUUCUUGAGAAGUGCUUAGUAGAAUCAAUUUGAUGCCUCUAAUCACUUCAUCUAAAUAAAAAGCAAAAUUAUUUUUAAUGUUGACUUUUCGUUCAAAGUCAAGACCUGUGCAUGUUAUAAUAAUGUGUUUAUUUUUGAAACUAACACAUUAAUUAAAUUUUAGUUUACAUGUUACUAUAUAUUGAACUCCAGAAUUUCAUCUGUUUUUGAAAAAAAAUUUGUUUACACAUGCUUUUUGUUUUUUGUAAUUAACAUAGAGCAUGCAAAAUGGGAGGUGAGGAGAAGGAUGUGGUUACUUGUAGGUAAGUUUGAGGUGUCAGUGAACAUCAGGUACUCAAGGAACAGAUAAAUUGAGAUUGUAGAUGGAGUAGACAUAGGGAAUUAGAAUAAGUUAUACACAAGUGUGAUAGUUGGAGCCAUGAGAAAGAAUGAGAUUGAGGGAAAGGAGGUAAAUGGACAGGACCUUGGAAAAUACCUACAUUUGGGGGUGUAUCAGAGGGAGGAACACUGGGAUUUGAGUAUACUGGAAGCUGAGGAGGAGUCAGUGUUUGGUGUUGCUGAGGAUUGUGGUGUUACAGUGUGGAUGGAGAAAAAUCCAUUGGAUUUAUUGGCAAAUGAGGUUUAAUUUUUAUGAGAGAUCGUGAUGAGGGCUCAUGCAUCAGAUUUUCACAUAUUAAGUACAGAGUUCCUGGAGUGGUUAAAGCCACAGGUAGACGGAUUUUAGAGACAUUUGACAUGUGAGACCUGAUGUGAUAGCAUGGUAAGAGCAGAACUGAGAAAUGGGAAUAAGUCAGAUAUUUAAGAUGUAGGCAUAAGGUUAAAACAAUAACAUAGAAGCAUGGAAGAUGAGAAGAUAUUGGUUGACUGAGUUUCUGUUGUCUAUAGGUCUAAUGCUCUUUCCCUCUAAGCAACCCUUCUAGUUAGUGUAAACUUUGGUUUAACUUUGAAUAUAUUAAACUCAUCAUUUCUGUUGGUGGUUUAGGAUACUAAGAUAAUGUCAGGAAAUGCAUUUGAGCAUGCAAAAGAACCUGGCAGAUAAUCCAUCUCUUUUGGCAACACAUUUCGUGUUUUGCCCCAUAAAAUGCACUCUGAGGUAUAAUCAGUUGCCUUGCUCAUUGUCCAUGACCAGCAGCAGUGGUCUUGGAUUCAGCUGGAUAUUUGCACUCUCAACACCUGAUAGGCCAUACCUGGCACUCUCUCUGUCCCCUUUGUUGAAAGAUAGGGAAUAGAAGACCCAGCACGUCAGCAUCAGGUGUGUUGUUCCCAAAUAAUAUCGCAGGCUGGUGGAAAGAUGACAUGUGGUGGGAGCAGGUGCCCUGACUGAGCUGCAUCUUCUGUAAUAGCACGCGGGCAUUGCAUCCAGGACUCGGCAGAGAACACGCCACUUACAACUCCUGUCCCCACUGGGAGGCGGCCUUAUCUACACUUCCUACCGGACAUGUGUAGCCCUACUCAGUGUCUGCUCAGUCCAGAUGUAGCUCACCGCUGGGGGUCAAGUUUACCCCACAAAAUGUUGCUUAGAAACAGCUGGUGUCCCACCUUUACCAGGUUUCCAGGGAAACAGUACCAGAAGGUUCACCAGAGGCCAUGCUUUUCCUGCCUGAGAAAAGGUUUUGUUAACCCUUUACUCACACUAAGUUAUUGACAAAAUCUAUGGAAAACUUGCCUAUCACUAGCUGUAGGAUCUAGGCAGUGGACUGUAUUAGAGGCACUGUUCAUUUUCAUUACCUUUCAUGACAUCUGGGUCUAGACGAAAUUGUUUUUACAUGCCAGCAGAUGGCUCCAGUAAUUGUAUUGUGCUGAUAGGUUCUUUUUUUCUUUUCUUUUCUUUUUUUUAAGAUUUUAUUUAUUUAUUUGACAGAGAAAGACAGCGAGAGAGGGAACACAAGCAGGGGGAGUGGGAGAGGGAGAAGCAGGCUUCCCGCUGAGCAGGGAGCCCGAUGCGGGGCUCGAUCCCAGGACCCCGGGAUCAUGACCUGAGCCGAAGGCAGACGCUUAACGACUGAGCCACCCAGGCACCCCUAAAGGCAGAGGUUUAACUGACUGAGCCACCCAGGCACCCCUGACAGUUUCAACACGUUUAGAUACUUACGGAGAGCGACCAUGGAAAAGUCCUGGAUGCUGUGGAACUUUGUUGAAAGAUGGCUAAUAGCCUUGGCUUCAUGGUCUUGGGCUCUUUGCCGUAUUUCUCUUUUACCUUUAAUAGUGACUUUUCAUCUGUAUGGAGGCAUUAUCUUACUUUUGUUAAUAUUCGUAUCAAUAGCAGGUAUUCUAUAUAAAUUCCAGGAUGUAUUGCUUUAUUUUCCAGAACAGCCAUCUUCUUCACGUCUUUAUGUUCCCAUGCCCACUGGUAUUCCACACGAAAACAUUUUCAUCAGAACCAAAGAUGGAGUGCGUCUAAAUCUUAUUUUGAUAAGAUACACUGGAGACAAUUCGCCCUAUUCCCCAACUAUAAUUUAUUUUCAUGGGAAUGCAGGCAACAUAGGUCACAGGUUACCGAAUGCAUUGCUUAUGUUGGUUAACCUCAAAGUUAAUCUUUUGCUUGUUGAUUAUCGAGGAUAUGGGAAAAGCGAAGGAGAAGCCAGUGAAGAAGGACUCUACUUAGACUCUGAAGCUGUGCUAGACUAUGUGAUGACUAGACCUGACCUUGACAAGACAAAAAUUUUCCUUUUUGGCCGUUCCUUGGGAGGAGCAGUGGCUAUUCACUUGGCCUCUGAAAAUUCACACAGGAUUUCAGCCAUUAUGGUGGAGAAUACAUUUCUAAGCAUACCGCAUAUGGCCAGCACUUUAUUUUCCUUCUUUCCGAUGCGUUACCUUCCUUUAUGGUGCUACAAAAAUAAAUUCUUGUCCUACAGAAAAAUCUCUCAGUGCAGAAUGCCUUCUCUUUUCAUCUCCGGACUCUCUGACCAGUUAAUUCCGCCAGUGAUGAUGAAGCAGCUCUACGAGCUCUCCCCGUCCCGGACUAAGAGAUUGGCCGUCUUCCCUGACGGGACUCACAAUGACACGUGGCAAUGCCAGGACUACUUCCCCGCCCUCGAGCAGUUCAUCAGAGAGGUCCUCAAAAGUCGUUCUCCGGGAGAAAUGGCCAAAACUUCCUCUAACGUAACAAUUAUCUAACGUUGCUCCUUUUGACUCAUGCACUGUAUUUUAAUUUGUGCAGAAUGAUAAAGAAUGUUCCUUUCUAGAAAUGUGUUAUGUCUGUACCUGUCUGAAGAGUGACAUUAAACUUUGAAAGGACUUCAGUGCUCCUUUGAGAUGAUCCAAAUAGUUUUUUACAUUUGAAGAACUAGAAUUCUUGGGAUUCUUUCAUACAUUUUCAUCCAGCCUUUCAAUGUGGUUAUGUAUCCAUACCUUCAGUUCAAUAUGCCGGUGUAAUAGCAUAUUGUAUUCAAAAGUUUCUUGUGGCCUAAGUGGUGUGCCCUGUGUGAUCUUGGGUUAAUGGCGGGGUGUGGAAGGAGAUUUGUAAACGAGAAACCUUUGAGUAUUCUGCCUUUAGUAAAUACCGGGACAAUCAUGGUAAGCAAACGUAGUCUGUAACUGCAUUCUUCCCCUUAACAGUUAAAAUGAAAUGCAUGAUGGUAUUUUAUUCCUUGAAUUAUGCAAUGCAAUGUUUUUAAUGUAAAUACUACUGGUCAUAUACCGAUGUAUAUGGUAACCUGGGUCAUAUCUAUUUUUAUGUAAACUCUAUUUUGUUCUUGGCAAGAAGUGAAAUUGAGGCCUGUGUGCAGGUUGCCACUGACUUCUGCUCUGGUGAAUGCUGAGAUCCAGCUUUUUCUUACAAAUAAAUGGGACCCCACUUUUCCAAUAUAAAUGUACCGUGUUUUGUUAGGUACAGUCUGGAUCAUGGCAUGUAAAAAUAGAAAUUUAGAAUUUUACUGCAGCUUUGAUGUGCAUAUUUGAACUUUUUAACAUUUGUAAUUUUGGUGGCAAAGAGAAUUUUAGCUUCUGUCAGUUUUGUAUGUCUACAGCUGAACCACUAAUAGCAGUCAUAAUGACAAUUAGAACUUGUUUAAGAAUUAAAUUAGCAAGUCUUAUCAUUACAUGAUUGUACAUACGAUUUUAGAGAAAGUCCCACAUUUGAUUUUUAAGUCCAAUAUCUAGGUAUAUCUAGCCCACUAAAGUCAAGAUCUCAUUUAUUGGACUUUCUGAAAAUAAAAGUUACAAAAACAAAAGCAAAAAAGCUGUUCUUUGGUUUAAUGUUUCAGUUGUUAAUGAUAGUAUCGAAAGACAGUUUCAGGAAGUCUUAUUUAUUUUUCUCCUACAUGUAGGAAUGUGGGAGUGAAGGAACUCUAGAGCUUUUUCUUACAGAACCUAUUACCACAUUUAACAGUUAAGUGGCUAUAAGUAAGAAGUAGCAUUUAGACAUAUAGAAGAGUAAGAAAAAUCUUACUUAAAAAAAAAAGAGCCCCUUAAAACUUGCAGGAUUUACCUUAAAAAAUAUAAGCUAUGAGGUAUAAUUGUGGUAAGUUGUUUCAGGUCAUCCUCAAAAAUUAGGUGUAAUUGAGCUCUCUACAUUAUGUGAGCUUUAACGUACCAUAUUUUGAAUAUUUUAGCUAUAUCUAUUGGCUUUUGCAAGCAGCUAGAGCAGAGAAAUAAUGGGUCAAUGUUCUUGACCUUAAUUUUGAAAAUCUUUCCAUGGAGAUAGGGCUAGAAAUACUUUUGCCAAAUAACAUUCUUACUCACUUUAUGUCAGUAUUUAGAAGAAAAUACAUUCUAGCAAGUAUGAUUUCUAAAGGACACUGUUUUUCUAUAAAUUGUUAGAAAGUCAUGCUUUUUUAAAAAAAGUUGGUAAUACAUAUCGUGGAAGGAGUAUUUUUAUGUAUAAAUUCACCACUAUUAAAAGAUACUUUCCAUCUUGUCAAUCAUUGCUAUGUAGAAUGACUAUCCUAAAUAGUAAUGUAUUAAAAAGAAAAGAGUUAAUACAACAAAUGUAGUGCCCUUAGACAUGAGCUCACUUGGCACACCGUAGACUUUUAUCAUUCUUUAAAGUUUACAGAGUACCUUCAUGUGUUUUCAUGUGAUUAUUUAGUCUACUGCUUGUGGAGGGGUUUAUCAACUUUAGUUGUAAAUAGUAUGCUGAUGAAGUAUAAAAGCUUUUUCUUCAUCGGUGUUUUGUUCUUAUGCUGCCUUUUUUUUUUUUUUUUUAGGGUUUAUAAAGUUUUGUUUUUGUUUUUGUUUUCCCUAAAGCCAGGAUUUCAAAAGUUGUAAAGUACUUGUGUCCAUCCCUACCUUCAUUCCCUUCGGAUUAAGAGGCAUUUCUUCCUGCAUCAGAGGGAGGAGGCUGUGUUUAGGGUUGUAGCUCAUCUUUCUUUCCUGGCUUCUAUAUUUGAGAUUUCCUUAGAUGGGAAGAGGAUAGAAAACAAAUUCUUGUUAACUGUGAUCCAUGAAGCGCAUGGCAUCAUUUUUUCAAACAAUGUCUAACUUUGUGGCCCAAACAAUUGGUCUUAAUAAAACGUGAAUUCUU